UCCAGGCCAGCAAAUCCUGAGGAAUUAAAACCAAGUGUCUCCGCUCCGUCUUUCGGUCUGUCUGUGUCGAUGAUCCGAGCUUGCGCACUGAGCGCGUCCAUUGUCUGUCCAGGAGCAGCAGCGGAGAGGAGCUGAGAGGAGCGCCCGAUCUGAGCGCAGGGGGAGCGGCUUCACUGUGACCCCGAUCUCCGGGGAAGCGGUGGGGGGUGGGGGGGAUAUGAGGCGGAGGAUAGUGUCGUCUGGUUGGAGCUUAUCGGACCGGACCAGCGUUUGGUGACGACGUCAUUUAUUCCUAAAACAGACCGUCUUUUCUUUUUGUUUUUUUCCUCCAGACAGACAGCAACAGUUGUCACGAUGUCUGAGAUCAGAUGAGUGGAGAGACUGCGGCGCUCCUGUGAACCGGGCCGGCCGGGGUGAUUCAGCAGCUGGGGCAGCGCCGGGGAGCGGCGCGCAUCUGUUUAACCUUGCAGGGGUUUGGUUCAGCUCAGCAGCCCCCCACCUACACCACCACCACCCUCCGGUUUGGGUUUCUGAUCAUUCAGUUGUCAUCAUUUGCCUGCGGGUUGAGGUGAAUCCAGACGUGAGGGCUGGCGCAUGUGCCGCUCAGCAGGGAAACGCGCUGUUGCGUCUGCAGAGAGUCACAGCUGAGACGCACGGACAGACAGACAGACAGGAGCGAGGGGAGGGACGGGGGGGGCACAGCCUGUUUGGGUUCUCUCGAUCCAACCAAAACCCCCACCCUCUUCUCUCCCGCUUUGGAUGGGGGGGAAGCAGAGCACGGCAGGGCGGCCCCGGGGUGCUUUUCCCGGCGUCUCUUCGGAUGACAGCGCGGUGCCUCCAUCGGCCCACUUCGGUCACUACCGGCCGAGCGGCACCAUGGGACUGCGCAGCCGCUCGGUGAGCUCCGUGGCCGGGAUGGGCAUCGAGCACAGUCCCGCCGUGCCCUUCGGCUUCUACACCCCCAGAGGGACGGACUCGGAGCGCGCCGGUGGGGGGUCAGGGGGCACUACGGCGGCCCCGCAUGGCACCGGCUACCAGGACACUGGGGGCGGAGGGCAUCACACGGACGGGGUGCUCUAUUUGGGGUCCCGGGGGUCGCUGGCUGACACCUUACCCCUGCACAUCGCACCCCGCUGGUUCAGCGCUCACAGCGGAUUCAAGUGUCCAGUCUGCUCCAAGUCUGUGGCGUCCAAUGAGAUGGAGGUUCACUUCAUCAUGUGUCUCAGCAAACCUCGCCUCUCCUACAAUGAUGAUGUGUUGGCGAGGGAUGCCGGCGAGUGUGUGAUCUGUCUAGAGGAGCUGCAGCAAGGGGACACCAUAGCCAGACUGCCGUGCCUCUGCAUCUACCACAAAAGCUGUAUAGACUCGUGGUUUGAGAUCAAUCGGUCCUGCCCUGAACACCCCUCUGACUGACUGACCACCCGGCCCACUCUGAGUUCUCCUCAAGGUUCCUGCCAUGGACAUCUGGACACAGAUGCUACCAAAUCUGAUGAAACAAUCAAAGCGAUCACCACAUACCCGCCGUGACGGAAUCCAUAGUCCCAUCAGAUGUAAACUGAACCAAAAAGAAAAGUCUGGCUGUCCAACCAUCCCACAUUAAAGGGCAUCUGUUGAGCUUUUCAUUCUGAAACCUGAGGGUAACACUGCAUACAUCACAGACCCCUUCUGCCUCCCCCCCAGAUACGUCUCCAAAUCGCGCAUGGCCACCUGUGGAGAUGCUCGGGUCUUAACCGGGCCGCCAUCUCUGCUCUGGAUCCAGGCAUGUCUGUAACUUGUGUCCGGUCCUCCGAUGGCCUUAACUGGGUGGGGGAGAGGAAGCAGAGCAGGGUGGGGUGGAAGAGGAACUACCACAGGAUGAAGCAGAGGCAGAGAACUGCAAACAGACUUGUACAUUAUUCAGUGGGCCUCUCAUCUCUCACAAACAGGACUCCAGCUUGGUGGUGAUCUCUCAUAAAAGCCUGCCUCACAGUGUGCUCCUCUCGCAUAGUCCCUGCAGUUCUGCAUUCCUUCCUCACCACAUUAACUACAUCAGAAAAAUGCUUUUCAGAUCCGGACUGUGCGCCCCUGAGCAGGACGAGAGGAAAUGAUCUGUCAGCUUGUCCUGUGCGUUCGCUUAGCUCGGUCUGUUUGGGUGUGGAGAGGAGCGAUCUGAGCAUGCUCAGUGCUGACUGGGACGGAGGGAGGAAGGAGCAGGAAGCAAUGCAGCUUAUGCCCUUAAAGUGUGUUUGGGAUGCUCCAGUGUCCGGCUUCACCUGGAUGUGUGAGGAUGGCGUGUCUGCGUGUGCUUGGAUUAAUGACAGCUUACUGAAACUGUAUGUGUGUGUGAAAGGUGGUGGCAGAGGGCUGACUGGGACAGUCUUGUGUGUGUCUCUGUAAUGAAAUGUUUACAGUCUAGAUGUUUGUGUGUGACUGGCAGUCCUCCCUUUACUUUGCUAAUGUUUACAGCUGCAGAAAAGCAACAUGACAUAUUGUACAUUUCACUUGUGAAAUCUCUCUCCGUUUCCUCCAUCAGAUCUGUCUGAUUUUUCAUGGAGAAAUGAGUCAUUUCUUAAAGAGAGACUGUAGAGGGAGAGCGAGUGUGAGACUGUGUCCGUCCAAUAUAUGGAGGGAUUGCUGAGUGGAACGAGCCAGAGGACCCAAACAGCCACACAGGUUUCUGAGCAGCUUUUCCCUUUCAAGUCCCAAAAAGGAAAUUUAUUGAUAUUUUUGAUGUAUUAUAUUUGAUAUUUUGUUUUAUAUUUCGAAUUUUGAUUCAAAAAACAUCAAACGAUAUUACAUUAGGCAGACAUGAAGAAAGAUUUUAAUUAUAGAAAUAUUUAAGUCUCUGCUGAAGAGAAUUGUUCACAGAGUGAGGUGUUCAAGCAUAUGAUUGGAAAAUUUAGUGGAAGGAAAAAAUUCUUAUUUUCUUAUUUACAUUUUAAGGUCUUUUUUUGUGUGACAUAAAUCAUAACCAUCAAUAUAAACAACAAACAUAAACACUGUCGUCAAUUAACUUUUCUCAUUUGCAUGCGUUGCAGAUGAUGCUUCAGAUGUAAAACCAACUGGAAUAAACUUUACUAUUACUCAUUUUAAAUAAGUAAUUUAACGUCUGGCUGCAUACUUAAUGAAC